AUGCAGCAAAUCCAGGCAUCAGGAAGCAUCCUCAUCGGGCCCAACAAGCUGAUAGACCUCUCCAAGGUCGCGCACGUCUACGUGAGCCCGCGCAAAAGGGCAUACCAGACUUUUGAGCUCGCCAUCUCAGAAGCCGAUAGGAAGUUAUUGGUUGAGGAAGGCCGAGUUUCGAGAACCGACAGGUUGGCAGAGUGGGAUUAUGGUGACUAUGAGGGCUUAGUUUCGGCUGAUAUACAAAGAAUGAGAAAGGAGCGAGGAUUAGAUAAGGAGAGAAAUUGGAAUAUUUGGCAGGAUGGAUGUGAAGGAGGAGAGUCGCCUGAGCAGGUAUCCGAGCGGGUCGACAGCUUGAUCGAAGAAAUUCGUCGAAUUCAGGGUCCGAAUAUCAACGGAGAGAAAGCGUGUGAUGUAGUCUUGUUUGCGCACGGUCAUCUUCUGCGUGCCUUUGUUAAGAGAUGGGUGAAUAUUCCGCUUGAGUUUCCGCUGGCUAUGAUGCUUGAACCUGGUGGCGUUGGCGUCCUCAGCUAUGAUCAUCAUGAUAUCAACCAGCCUGCCAUUCUUGUUGGAAUUGGCCUUCCAUCCCCUCCAGUUUAA